CGCAGGGAGGAAGAUGAAGGCAGUUCCCUCGUGGGACGCGGCUGACAUCUUGCAAACGACGGAAUACAGCUGACCACCGGGCUGGAUUCCGUGUCGUCGUAGGCAGCGGGACACACCGGAUCGAGCUCACACGUUAGGUUACGGUGCCACAGACGCGUUAUGGCGUCAAAGAGGGUCUUCGAUCCCGCCGUGCACUGGUUUCCGGACUUAGACAGCCGCACACGAGGAUGGCCGCUCAUCGGCAAUCCAAUCCCGCUGAUCGCCAUCUGCGUCAUUUACGUCUACGUUGUCAAAAUUUUGGGUCCCAAGUGGAUGGCCGACCGAAAGCCCUUCGAACUGCGCGCCCUCAUGGCCAUCUACAACCUCGCACUCGUUUUCUUAAACAGUUUCUUCGUCUGGACAUUCCUGAGGCACGGCUACAUCGCCAAGGGCUACAAGGUCAUCGGUCAGGGCGUCGAUUUCUCGACCGACCCUCUCACCAUGCACAUCGUCCACCUGACGUGGUGGUACUACGUUCUCCGCCUGGUCGAGUUCCUGGACACGGUGUUCUUCGUGAUGCGCAAGAAAUACGCCCAGGUGACGGCGCUGCACGUAUUCCAUCACGUAGUGGUCGCCUGGAACAUGUGGAUGAACGUCACGUUUGGUGGCCAGGGUCAGACCAUGUUCGUCACCGUGGUGAACUCGAGCGUACACGUGGUCAUGUACACCUACUACUUCCUGUCGGCGCUAGGUCCGGCCUUCCAGCGGUACAUCUGGUGGAAGCGCUACCUCACCCAGUUGCAGCUCACCCAGUUUACGGUCGUCUUUUUGCACAGCUUGUCCUAUCUGCUCUACAAGGAAGACGCCAUCCCGGGAUUCACACUCGUCAUGACCCUCGAGGCAGUGGUGUUCCUGGUGUGGUUCCUGUCGUUCUACAGCAACGCGUACCGCAAGGGCAGUCGCAGCACGCUGGACAUCAUCUCCAACACGGCGGUCGCGGCAAAGGAAGCACUCGCCAAAGUUGCCACCUCUUGCUGCCCCGAGUCGCUGGACGAGAACAAGGAGGAGUGAGCCGCACUGACGCGGGCCCACCAUGUAUGGCGAAUCCGCUGAGAAGUUCCGGGUGGAUGCAACGGUAGCUCACAAUGCAUAGACCUUAGUCGCUGCAUAAGAAGUGAUCAAAUUAGCGGCAGAAGAAAAAUCGCAUGCUUCAAGCUCGCCAGCACUUGGUUGCACUACGGCUGCCAAGGAUAUUGCUAUACUUGUGAGCCUGUUGCAGAAACCCCGGAACUUUUUUUCCACUUGUCCACAGGAAUCUAACAAACAGCCUCCCUUCACUUAUUCUGUGUGUGCUUUUGCGUUUUUUUUUUUUUUUCAUCGUGUGCGGUUUCAAACUGAAAGUGUCACGCGAAGCGGCGUCUGUGGCUGUGCCCAUUGUGUUGUGAGUAAAGACUGAGGAAAGUACAAAUA